AUAACCAUUCGUUUUUCAUUUUUUAAUUUCUGUUUCUGAAAGCAAAAUAGAAUGAUCAAAAGAUACACGGACCCCGAUCCUAUAUCGGACUUAUUUAUGAAUGUGGCCAAAACGGAUAUGAAAAUAUCCGAUUCCAUGUGCUUUUUCCUAUUUACAUGUUCAUAGUAGGCUAGCUACAUAUCCGAUAUGUGCCACGUGAAAAAAAUCGGAAUUGGGUCACUUUUACCAGGUGGUGUAAACGUAGCGUUCAUCUGCUGCACAUUUGCCCAAGAGGGAUAGUUACCGUAACGAGUAAUGUAGAUCGCGUACUAAAAAUAUUAAGUGCAGAUCGAUUGACCGAGCCUUUUCAGAGUGCAGAUGGUCUGACCGCAGGGUUUUACGGCACUUUUGAAUGGGUUGUAGGGAAAGAAAAACAAAUGUUUAAAAGGAGGUAACUCCAGUAUAUUUUCCACAGCAAACUUAUGUAGUUAAAAUCUUGAAAACAGAACGUAGCUACCCGCGUCUUCAAAUGAUUGUAGAUGUUUUCCAAACUCGGUUCAGCGUCCGAGAUUUCACUUGAAACAAACUGGUGAAUAGAACGUUUCACCAAUAUUUCUGCGCUCCGUGGGAACUCAAGCCUCACGAUGGGACGUUUAAUCUGGGAUGUGAUCUUCUUUCUUACCGGCUCUGUGUUUACCUACGGACAGGUGCAGGAGAAUCCCACUACCACAUCAGCAAAACAUCCCUUGGUAGCAGCAGCAGUUCGCUCCCACUUUGAUGACUGUCCUGACUCCCACAGCCAGUUUUGUUUCCAUGGCACCUGCCGCUUCCUGAUUCAGGAGGAGACACCUGCCUGUGUGUGUCACCCUGGCUUUGUGGGAAUGCGAUGUGAACAUGCAGACCUGCUGGCAGUGGUGGCCACUAAUCAAAAACAGCAAACCAUGACCACUCUACUGGUGAUGUGCAUUAUAUGCUGUGUUCUGCUGAUCCUGAUCUUCACCCUUCUACAUUGUUGUCAAAGGUGCGGGACCUGUGGGUGUGGCCGAACACUCGCUUUUGACCCAGAGAAACCCAGCAACUUAUUGAAGAGAGGGGCAAUCUGUUGUCUCUCUGAAUCGGUGGUUUGAGAGAUCGGCCUGUCUUCCUUUUGGGUAAUUUACUAUGCCUUCAAAAUACCCAAGUUCCAUUUGCCCCACCUCCUUUCAUACGUCUUCAGUAAUACAGCCUACAGUAUAGAGGCUUUGCUUGGAUUCCUUUACCAGUCCCAUUUAUUAAUCUCUGGUCAUGUCAAUCAAGAUUAAGAUAAGCACAGACGAGUAAGUGUAAAAUGUGACGGAAGUAUUGGUUGGUGAUGCAGAAGCGGAACAAUACGUUUUCAUAUACAAAAUUAUUUGAAAAUGUUUUAGUAUUCUCUUUGAGGGUACAUAAAACUGGAAAAACUAUGUAACGCUUGUCCUUUCAUUAGUAAAACUGAGUUCACAGUAAGAGCAUGAAGAAAAGAAACAUGAUUACAGAAACUAGAAUAAAAACACCAGAACAACAGGAGACCACCAUCUGCUUUCAGAAUUACAGAAGUUCUUCUGUUUCUUCUUAAUUUAAAUAAGGAAAAACAAAGGAAAUGACUCAGAGAUUUGAUGACCUUGAAUGAAAUUGGAUACAUUUUGAAAAAUCUGGAAUGCUCUUCAGGAAAGAUACUCCCUGCACUCUCCAUUGUAGAAAUGUGGACUAUAGAAAAGAGAGCUAUACGAUGUUAAAAACCAAGACUCCCUAAAAUUGUACCAACACUGUUGCCUCGUAAGCUGCCCUACAUUUGUUUUUUUAAUAGCACACAUGGGAACAAUAGAAAGGUGCAUUUUAAAGUUGAGAUUGGAAUAUUUGGGUUAAAUUCUCACAGACGUCAGUACAAAGAAAUAACAAUUUUAAGUGUCAAUGUUUAAGUAGGGCAUGGAAACUAUUUGGACUUUUUUUAUGGGAGCUACUACAUGUUAUUGCAUCUCAUGCCAAUGUAAUGGACUAGGAUCUUAUAAUGUUUAAAUCUGAAAGACUGAACUCUGUUGUAUAGAAAAGUAUGUAUACUGAAAAAGACACUACUUUUAGACAUAAGGUGUAAUUUUAAAACUGAUAUCUCAAUAACAGGCUUGUAAAAUUGAGUAAAUUCAUGCUGCCAUAUUGGUGGGUAUGUCACCUUACUUUUAAUUACUACUGCUAGCAUUAUGACUAUUGUUGUGAUUUUCUGACAAAUUUGAUGAGACAUGCAAAAACUGGUUUGUGUAACCUAGGGGGUCAGAGAAUUCCAAAUGAAUAUUUAUGGUUGUAUGAGCUACGACUUAAAUAUUGUAACAUGCAAUUGUUCAUUUUUAUACAAUUUUUGUUUUAAUUACCCUUACCUGUGCACUAACAGUAACAUUUUCACAGCCAGUAAGUUUAACAUUUUCAGCGCACUACGUUAUAUGUCUGGUAGCACAAAUAUGGACAUGCACUUUAUGUGAAAGACAUUAAAAGUUUAAUCAUUCUUCAUAAUUUGACCCAAGGUUUUGGCACAUGCUAUCUUUUUUAUCAUAAUUUAAAAAGCCUGUUAAAUCAACUGUGCUUGUUUUAUCAAAGGCACUAUAAUUUACUAAUUCAGAGUCAUUCCAGAUGUUUUCACUAGGGUACCGUAGAUAUAUCUCUAAAUGAAUUUCUGUCAAUAAAUCUUUGUUUAUAGAUAUACCACUGUGUUCACUGUGCUCAGUCUGCUAAUAUUACCUAAAAAAAACUCCAGAUGGGCUCCUUAGUCACACUCAUUUAUCACGUUACACAAAAAGCACAGUAAUGAUAGUUCUUAAAUAUUGGACACUUUUAAACUGCACUGUAGUGUUCUGCACUCUAAAACACACACUAGAGGUGGCACAUGGCACAAUGAUUGCAGAUGUGAUACUCACAAUUCCCAUUCUAUGCACCAUGCAAUAUGAGCACACACCAGUGAGUAUACACAGAAAUCUUAAUACAGGUUUUUUUUUUUAGUUGUGGUUGAAAAGAGAAGGUAAUACAAAAUGCUGAUGUGUCAAAAUUUGCCUUAAAUGCAACUGACAUAUUGAAAGGAAUAAUGAGCAGUGGAAUAAGAAGCUCAAAGAUGAAAGACAAAUAUAUACCCUUGUCACUCCACAGUAAUAUUGAAGUAUAUACCACAUUACUUCAAACAAUUGGGUUUGAACGAUUUCCACAUUGAAUAUUGCAUACUUUUUGAAAUAAAUACCAUGCCAUUUAUUUUAAGUAAUGUGUGAAAUUCUUAUAAUAUUUAAUAUUUCAUUUUUACAUUUAACUUGUGCACAAUUUUCUGCUAUUUCAAGGAGAAAAUUAUGAAUCUUCUAGCUUAUAAAGAGCUGAACUAAUGAUAAACUCUCAGAGUUCGGGACAAUGCCUCAUACUGGGAUUUCUCUAGGACAGAAUUGAAAUGGUAUAAAUACUUCCAGAGCAGGAAAAGACAAACAAUGAACAUGGAAAUUAAUUUUCAGGUUAUGAGUUAUGUUUUUAUUUAUCUUUGAUUUAUUUCUAGUAAAAUGUAACUUGACCAGUUGUUUAAUUUGCUUGUGAACUAAGCAGUUGUUUUGUCCCAAUGUUCUUGACUUGUGCUGUAUGCCUGUAUGUUUUUCAAAUAAGAUACGAAACUGUAAAAUUGA